AUGCAUGUGGGAAUAAUCGGUGCAGGCAUAUCAGGCCUUUAUACCGCCUUGUUGCUACGCCGAGAAGGUCAUAAAGUGACUGUGUUCGAGGCAGCCGAUAGAGUCGGUGGUCGUAUCUACACAUAUCGGUUUACGCCACAAGCUAAAUCAGAGGAUAUUUAUUUUGAAGCAGGAGCUAUGCGCAUCCCUCGCUCAUCUUUGCAUUCCAAAGUCUUUGACUUUGUCCGCUAUCUCAAUACACAUGGGUUUGCUGGAGACAAGAUUGAGCUUAUUCCAUAUAUCCUCGAUCAUGAGAAUAACAGAUCCUUUUUUCAAGACCGAAAGGGUGCCUUACAAGACAGUAAAUGGGCCACCGAAGCUGGCCUUCCGGAGGCCUACCGCAAUAAGACUCCUCAGCAACUACUUGGAAGCGUCGUCCUUCCGUGGCUGUCUAUACUUCGGCAGGACUUUGACAAUGGGUUUGAAAAGCUGCUCAAAUAUGACGAGUACUCGUUCCGGGCUUAUCUCCGCCUCAUCGUCGGAUGGCCCCAUGAAGUUAUAGAGUUCGUUGAGCUCUUCUGCUCCCAGACUAAUCAAUACGAUCUAAGUUUUACCGAGAUAAUCAUGCAAAACUUGGACUUUGACACAAAAGAUUGGGCAACGGUUAAAGACGGCAUGUCACGCAUAACCCAAUGUGCAGCUUCAUUAGUAGGCUCAAAAAACGUUCGUCUGAACUCUCGAGUGGAUCGCAUUACAAACCUAGACAAUGGGAAAGUCCAGCUAUCAGCGCAGGGUCUUCAUCAGACCUAUACUGCUACUUUUGACGCUGUAGUAGUUGCUACUCCCCCAUCUGCACUUCACAGUAUUGUCGAUCGCCCUAGAUGGUCCUUCAUGAAAGAACAGUCAAUUCGCGGCGCUCACUAUGAGCCUCUCUAUAAGAUUGGUCUGCAUUUUCGAACGCGCUUCUGGGAGCGCUCCAGUGUCAACCCUUGCUUUGGUGGCCAAAGUACUACUGAUCUUCGCUUCCGCUGGAUUGUUUAUCCAUCCAAUGAUCUCGGCAGCAACGGCUCUGGUGUCUUGUUGCUUUACAGCUGGAUGAGCGAUGCUGCGAAAUGGAGUGGGCUAUCGCGAUCUGAGAGAAUCAAGAUUUGUUUGCAUGAUCUUAGUAAAUAUUAUGCAGACGAAGCUGACAUUGAUGUUUACGAGCAAUUCAUUGAGGCGUUUGACAUUACAUGGUCAGCCCAAUCGUGCGGUGGAGAUGCAAUGUUUCUUCCAGGCCAAUUCUCUCGCUUCUUCGAAAUAGCAAAGAAGCCAGAGGGCAACAUAUACUUUGCUGGAGAGCAUCUAUCAAAGCACCACACAUGGGUAAGAAGAGACUCCCAAGCCAACGCAAGCAUUCGCUACUUACACACUUUGAACAGAUUGCAGGGGCUAUAG